AGGGUUCCAAAUAAACUCGGCAACAACGUUCUUCACGAGGUGGCGAUGUCCGGCAGUCUGGAGGCAGCAACUUUCUUAGUGAGCAACUUCAACAAACCUCCAGGAAAAACUAGUAACGAGGAGAAUUCUACACUGCCUCUGCUAGAUAUUCGGAACGAGUUAGGAGAAUCGCCAUUGUACAGGGCUGCUGCUCUUGGUCACCCUGACCUGGUCCAGUUUUUUGCUGAAAAACUGGAGGAGAAUCCGGAGAAUCUUCUGAGGCACUUCCACCGAAAUGAUAGAAUGUCCAUUCUUCAUAUCGCAGUCAUUGGCCAACAAUUUAGGACUGCUCUUUGGUUGCAGAGGAAGUACCCAUUUCUUGCAACUAAGAGGGAAGGUAAAGGAUUGACAAGCCUUCAAUUGCUAGCCCAAAUGCCGACUGCCUUCACACCACAAUUUCAACAAAGCAGAUGGAAGAUGCUCAUAUAUUAUUGCCUUCCUGCUCGAGACCUGGAGGUCACAACAAAUCCCAAGGAUGAUGUGGAGAGCAGCUUGGGCAGCAACCAAGACCCCCAAGCCAUCUCUUGGAAGAAGCCUGAAGGUAUUCUGAAGGUGUACACUACCCUGUGGGACUUCCUUGCUAAAGAAAUGGACAUAAUCGAAAAGAUCUGGAAGGAUAAGAGAAUUAAACAUGCUCUUAAAAACCUCAUCCCUUUGCUCGUUGAGAAAGACAAUUCAUGGCAGAAUUCUAAAGAAGCAAAGGGCAAGACGAUAUCUCUGGGGUCAGUGGAAAAUCUUUGUAAGGGUGAUAAUGAUGGAGGAGAUCAACAAGGAAAGGAUUCUGCAGAACCAACCAAUUCUAAGAAGCAGAGCAUUUAUAAGUAUAACCCAUUGCUUAUAGCAACUAUCACUGGAAUUGUGCCUAUUGUUGCAGAGAUACUUAGGCAGCAUCCUCAAGCAGCUGAGCACGUUAGCCAUAGUGAACAGAACAUUUUGCAUCUGGCCAUUAAGCACCGUCAAAGAGAGAUCCUUGAGCUUCUAAAAAGGAAGCCAAUAACCAUCUCAAGGUUGAAUGAGAUGAUUGACAGUGAUGGCAACACCAUAUUGCACCAAGCUGCAGAUAGGAGCUACUACUCUGUAGCAAUUUCUGAGAAAUUAAUUGGCCCAGCCAUGCAAUUGCAAGCAGAGUUGCGUUGGAUGAUGGGUGUGAAGAACAUAUUACCACCUCAUUACAUCAUGCACCACAACAACAAGGAUCAGACAGCGGAGGAGCUGUUCAAUGAUGAGCAUAAUGAGCUUCUGAAGUCGGCACAAGAAUGGAUAAAAGACACAGCACAGUCGUGCUCAACUGUGGCUGUGCUGGUGGCCACCGUUGUCUUUGCAGCCGCCUAUGCCAUGCCUGGGGGUAACGAACCAAAUGGCCUUCCUGUUUUCCAUGAUUCUCCUCUCUUCUGGCUCUUCACCUGCAUGGACGUCGUGGCCAUCGCCUGCUCAUUGUCUUCGGUAGCCUUUUUCCUCUCCAUCCUCUCCUCUCCCCUUGAGUACCCAUUUUUCUGUCACGGUCUUCCCCGCAAGCUCAUGAUCGGGUUCACCUUGCUCUUCUUGUCCAUGGCAACCACCAUGCUCGCCUUUGCUGCUACUAUUUUGCUUGUGAUUCGUAUCGAGAAGAAAUGGACUAAGUCUCUGCUUUACUGUAUUGCGUUUUUUCCGGUCCCUCUAUUUGGCUUGCUGCAAUUUCCUAUGUAUCAGAAAGUAACCAAGAUUUUCCUCCCCUUCUUCAUUCCCUUUCUCGGCUUUUCGAAGAGGAGAUCAAUAUGUGGUAAGAGCAAGGCGAACUGAAUUACAA